GCAGCGCGCCCGGAGCGGAGCGGGGCUCGGCCGGCGGCGGGGAUGCGCGGGAGCGGCGGGCAGCCCUGCCCUGCCCUGAGCCGUCACCGGUAGCAUCCAGUGCUUUGCUGCUGUGGUACACAUAGCUCUUCUUAAAUCAGUGGGAUAAUUCCUGUGUUUCCAGCUAAAUUGUGCUUAAAGAUCAUUACAUGUAUCAAGAUCAUUAAAAUGUGUCACUGAGAACUGGGUGCCUGCUGGUGUCACCUGGUGCAGUCUGGUGGUGUGACCAGGAGGGACCCCUCGCAGAGUGCUGCCAUUGCUUAAAAAUCCAACUGAGAAAUGACAAGUGUGAGGAACAGACUGCAGAACUGGAUAUUCAGUGUCUGUGCAGCACUUUGAAUGCAGAAGUCACCACAAUGAUCCCCAGCUCUUAUACUGUGCUUUUUACUUAUAGCCAUGUAAGAACCUAAACAAGGAGACAUAAAUUAUUGACCAGAGAAUGGCCCACCGAAGCCCAAUCUUCCCAACCCUUGCCCCUUCUGAAAGACGGGUUCGAAACAUCCCACUGCACAGCCAGGCACUGACAGCGGUCCCGCUGGCAUCCGCCAGCCUGGUGGAUCAGCUGGAGGACAGAAUCCUGAGCCAUGAGAAAACAACAGCGGCUCUUGUGGAACACGCAUUUCGCAUUAAGGAGGACAUUGUUUCCACGCUGCACAGAAUGCAGAACAAAGGGGGGGGUGACCGGUUGGCAAGGCAACUCCUGGAAGAACACAUCCGAAACAUAACGGCGAUAGUGAGGCAGCUCAACCGGGACAUUGAGAUGCUGCAGGAACAGAUACGUGUCAGAGACAAUCUCAGCUAUGGAACAAAUUCUACCCUGAAGAGUCUUGAAAUGCGGCAGCUUUCUGGCCUAGGAGAUCUUCGGGGAAGAGUUGCAAGGUGUGAUGCUGGGUUAGCCAGGCUGUCUGCAGAGCAUAAAAUUACGUAUGAAAGACUUCAGAGCCUAAGUAAAGACCAACACACCUCCAAGCUGAUCUUAGAAUCUAAAAUCAAAGAGGCAGAAAUACAGAUUUCUCACCUGCUGAGCAGAGUAGAGCAAUCAAUAAUGCAACAAGAAGCAAAGCUGAAGAUUGCCUACAAAGAGAGCAACCAACAGCUGCAAGUCCUGGACACAAAAUUAAAAAAUGCUGUUGAGGAGCUCAGCAGUCAGAUUUUGUCUGCACGGAGCUGGUUGGAACAGGAACACGGAAGGACUGAGAAAGAGCUUGUGCAAAAAAUUGACCAACUCUCACUGACUUUUAAGGAAAGCACUGAAAUGAGUGAGAGAGGUAUUGAGAUGAAAUUCAACCAAAUGGCAGAGAAAAUUGAGAGAAUAGAAGAAAUGCAGAAGAUAACCAUGGAAGCACAUGACGCAAAACAGACUGAAGAAAAAAUAAAUAUUCGCAUUGUCAAACUUCAAAAUGAGAUAAAUGAAGAUAUAAAAGAAAUGAAAGCGGAAGUUAAUGCUGGGUUUGCAGCUAUCUAUGAGAGCAUUGGCUCUCUACGGCAAGUUCUAGAAGCAAAAAUGAAGCUGGACAGAGAUGAACUACAGAAGCAGAUCCACCAAAUGAAGCAGGAGGUUCCAAGAUGGGGAGAGGCUGGACCAUGACUGCAAGAUUUUGUCUGAGAGAUUAGUGUUUACCUGGCUAAUUAGGUAGACUGUAGUGUUGUUCCAGUCUGUAAUGCCAAUUACCUGCAUGUACCAAAUGACAUGCUGCUGCUGCUGCUGCUGCCACUGCUGCUGCUGCUGCUGCUGCUGCACAGGUGUUUGCUCACAGCAGUAAAUGCAAGCUCUUCAUGGAUAACUGGCAAUGAACCUUCAGAGCUGAGGUGCUGAUUUGCCACUGCACUACUCCAGUUGCUGUCAGGAAAUUAAGCACUGUGUAAAACUGGAGUAAUACAUUGGUGAAGCUGGCACCUAGUUUGCUAAAGGUGUUCCAGUUUUGCAGGCUUGAUCAGGCAGCUACACGCUUUUAUAUAUAAGCACCUGCACCAGACCCUCUUAAAAAAAAAAAAAAUAAAGUCAAGUUGCUAUCAUUUCCUUCCUAUGAAUUUGGCAAGGUUCUCCACCUUGAUACAAAUUACUUAGUUGAGAUCAAUGGACAUUUUUACAGUGACCUUCUCUACUACUGACUUCCUGGGAAGACAAUUCACACUAAACAGACCAACCUUCAAAAUCUAGAUACCAUCAGAAAAUCCUUGUUUAGGUUUGCAAAUAUCCUCUGUGUGCGAGAACUAAGUAGUGUUACAUUAAUAUAGUUGUAGACUAAGAUGAUUCAUAAACAACAUAAGGAACUUAACUUACAUGGUCUUAAGUAUUAUAAUCUUUUAAAAUUAAUAACCAGGGGGAGUUGACACAAGACAAAAGAUGUAUAUAGAGUGUUUUUUACUGGGCAUGUGUCCUGUGACUUGCUUCAUUAUAUUCAUAAAAACUUAGAAAGGUUUGAAAACUGAAGAGAAGGUGAUUAAACUAGUCUGGAGAUUGUAAUGUAAAAUAAAAUGCAGUUUAUGAUCUCUUUAGAAAUUUUCAUUAAAGUAAAAAACUGAUUAAUCAUAUUUAAGUAGACUUUAAUAAUUUAGCAGACUCAAACUGCUAAUUGCAUUCACAUUAUUUCCAGAUAAUAAUUUCCAUUCCCAGAUGAGAUUACAUAAUGAAAAUCAGCACCCAUGUGGCAUAUUAUCUAGAUAGAAAAAAAUAUAUAUGUUGUUUCUACGUGUUCAUUUAGAGCAUGAUAUAUUGUUCCUCAUGUUUGUAAGCCAUGAAGGAUUAAACCCUUAUGAACAAUAGAAGACUUUAACCAGCAUCCUAUUAAUUCAUACUAAUAACAGUAAUUAAGAGACAAAAAUAAUAUUAAUUAACAGAAUUUACAUUACUGUUAACCUAAAUAAACUAAUACAAUGUCUCUACACUGUACUUAAUGGACCUUUCAUUCAGCUAGUAUUGGAAAAAUACAUGUUUAGUUGGAAAAUCAGUGGCAAAUAUCACUUCAUGAAAGACAGUUUGGCCCACAGAAAAUAAUAAAAAAAAACUGCUUCAAAAACUUACAGUCAUUAACUUCAGUAAGUCAGUGUAGCAUGUAAAAAUCAAGAAAAUGCAUACAUCUUUACAGGAUUAACACCUAAGCUUAUAUUCAUUUCCUAUAUAGUUGAAAGUCACUGAAGUCUCAAAGACACAUGAAGAUUUUGCAGCUCUGGCUUCCAAUGCUCUCUGAUGAAAACCAGGAAUAUCAGAGGCAGUUUGUUAUCAUCCAUGUCCUGUGAAAUAUAUUUACAAUGGCAGCUAAGGGGAAAGCCCAGUUCCCUAAAGAGAGACAAUUAAACACUUGUAGAUAUUUCUCAAGAACUGUCUUCAAAAUUAAAUCUUACUUCAUGUAUGUAUUCUUAUCUAUUCUUAAAUAUUUAGCCAUGUGCAGUGGAAAAGCUAUCACUGGUGUUUCAUUAAAAAAAAAAAAAAAAAAAAAAGAAGAAGAAAAUAACAAAGUGUCCAGUAGAAAAGGGA